AUGGGGCACCAAGAGUAUUCCUCAGAAUUCAAGAACCAAGUGGUCCAAUUCAUCAUCGGAAGGUGUGUGGGCGGUGUACCUCCUCGUGGCACACUUAAGGAAGCACAACUGAAGUUUAUAAUCUCCCGGCAAACCUGUACAAGGUGGUGGAAUGCUGCAAAGAAACAACAACAACGAGGAACAUCAGUUCAACUGGUAAGUGUAAAAAAAGUGAGGCAUUACCCCAAAAGGCUGCAUCUGGAUGUUGAUCUGUUAAAGAGUUUGCAUUUCUCCAAAAGGUGCAACCUCUUGAGAGUGGCAGUGGGUUUAGGUUGUUCAAAACCAACAGUAUGGAGGUGGGUUAAGGAUGGCCUGAUUAUACCACACACAUCAGCCAUUAAACCCAACUUAACAGCUGCAAACAAGCUGUUACGGCUGAGAUUCACAGUUGAAUCAUUAGAAUUUGACAGAAUCCUCAACAAAAUCAGAUUCAGGAAUAUGCACAAUACUAUACAUAUUGAUGAAAAGUGGUUCUACAUGACUAAAGGAACUCAGAGAUUCUAUCUUGCUCCAGGAGAGCAAGAACCUCAUAGAACAUGUAAAAAUAAGAAGUUCAUAUCCAAAAUAAUGUUCAUGUGUGCAGUUUGUAGACCAUUGUUUGGUGUUCAUGGUGAAGUGUUGUUUGAUGGAAAAAUUGGAAUUUUUCCCUUUACCAAACAAGUUGCAGCCAAGAGGUCAAGUAAAAACAGGCAGGCAUGCACUAUGGAGACAAAACCCAUAGAGAGUAUCACAACAGAUGUGGUCAGGGAAUGCUUGAUCAAUAAGAUAUUACCUGCCAUCAUAGCCAAGUGGCCAGAUGGGGCAACUCAAGUUCUCAAGAUACAACAAGAUAACGCGAGACCACACAUCAAAGACAAUGACCUAGCUUUCAGAGAAGCUGCACAACAAAGUGGUUUCUCAAUCUCAAUUGUGCAACAACCACCUAACUCACCUGACACCAAUGUGAAUGACUUGGGGUCAGAACAGAUACAAGCUGCCCCACAUGGGGAAAGCACAUUUAAGGAGGACAAAUCAACUUCCACUGAAUCUAGAAGUUCUAGUGGAACUGGUUAUGGAAGCAGUAGCUUAUCUGAGAGACCAGGGGAGCAACCAUGGAUUGGAGUCAAUAUCCCAAGCCUUAGGAUUAUGAAGGUAUAG